CGGGCGUGGGUGUGGGUGAGGACGAAGCUCGGGCGGAGCGGGAGGCUGAGGCCGCCGGAGGCACCUCGCGGCUGCGCGCCGCUGUUGCUCCCUUUGCGGAAUGGAGGGGAUGGCCUCGGCCGUCUGCGAGAUUUUGAGAUAUUUAAUAAUUUACUGGAAAUGUGAAACAGAAACAUCAAAGGGAGUGUUGCUAGAAGGGCAGCUAAUGAUUUCCAUGGAAGCAGUCAAUUCUAAGCACCAGCCAAACGCUCUUCAUUGUGUAACAACUAUUGCUUCUGCAAGAAGCAUUUGUGAUGUUUUGGUCCUCAAGAAAUUACAAAAAGAAAUACAAUCUAUACUGCCUGGAUUCUCUGCAAAGUUGAAGUCAACUGUAGGUGAAAGGAGCUGUUCUCCAGACACAUCAGGGGCAACAUCCUUCCAGAUGAUUUUUGAGGUUGAUGAAAAACCCAGAACUUUGAUAACAGAUUGUCUAGUCAUAAAGCAUUUUUUACGCAAAAUUAUCAUCUUACAUCACCAGAUCAGAUUUAAUUUCAGUGUAAAGGUGAAUGGAAUCCUCUCCACAGAGAUCUUUGGGGCAGAGAAUGAACCCAUUUUGAACCUGUGGAAUGGAAUUGCUCUUGUUGUGAACUAUCAACAUUAUGUGAGUAGACCAAAAUUCAUUACAACUGAAUCACACUGUAGCAGAAUCCACCCUGUUCUAGGACACCCAGAAACACUUUCCAUCCCUGAUGAUGUGGCUGGUAUGGGCUUGUUGGGUAAACUGAUACUGACCCCAGUCGCUGCUCUGUGCCCUAGCCCAAGGGUCUUUUCCACCCAGCUGAACAGGAUUUCUUCAGUUUCCAUAUUUCUAUAUGGACCUUCUGGUCUGCCUCUGCUAUUGUCAAAUCAGGAGCAGCCCAGUACCACUGUCUUGAAAGAUAUUUGUUAUUUCAUUGACUGGAAGAAAUACCACUUGUGUGUGGUGCCCAAUUUGGAUCUCAGUUUGGAUGGAGAUUUGGUGCUUCCAGAUGUGAGUUAUCGGGUGGAGUCCAGUGAGGGUGAUCAGUAUCAGAAUAUGGAUCCUCAGAGACAAACUCUGCUACUUUUCCUCUUUGUGGAUUUCCACAGUGGAUUUCUAGUCAAGCAAAUGGAAAUCUGGGGAACCCACACUUUGCUCACAGCCCAUCUCAGUGCCAUCCUCAUGGAGAGCCGCAGUACAGUACGAGAUGCCAUCCAGACAACGGUGGACCAUGUCUUAGAGCAGCAUCACCAGGCUGCCAAGGCUCAUCAGAAACUGCAGGCCUCACUCUCAGUGGCUGUAAAUUCUGUCAUGAGUGUGGUGACUGGAAGCACCAACAGCAGUUUCAGAAAAACAUGUCUCCAGGCUCUUCAGGCAACUGACACACAGGAGCUUGGGACCAAACUACACAAAAUAUUUCAUGAUGUCACCCAGCACCGAUUUCUUCACCACUGCUCAUGUGAUGUGAAGCAAGUUAAACCAGGAGAAGCAGAGCAAAUUAAAGACGAAGUAAACAAAAGAAGUGAAUUAAUAAAGAUCAGAGUAGAAUUUUUUUAAAAAGAACAACAGAGAAAAAUUAAGCAAAAAGGUGGUUCAUUGAGAACAUUAAUAAAAUUGAUAAACAUGUAGCCAGACUAAUCAGAAUAAAAAUAGAGGGCACCAGUUGCCACUAUCAGAAGUUAGAAAGGUGGCAUCAGUUGCUCAUCAGUAUGAGCAACACUACUGCAGUACAUUUGACCACUUCAACAAAAUGGACAGAUUCCUUAAAAGAUGUGUACAGGAUAGUUCUUUAUCUAUUAAGGAAAUUGAAUUUUUAGUUAAAAACUUUUCCAUAGUCUCCAAAAUAUACAAAGAACUCUCAAAACACAUUAAUAAGAAAAUGCCAGUUUUUUAAAUGGGCAAAAAAAUUAAAUAUACACUUCACCAAAGAAGAGAUAGAUAUACAAACAUCAAACACAUGAAGUCAACAUUAUUAGUCAUUACAAAAAUUCAAAUAAAAACCACAAUUAGAUAUCAUUUUAUGCCCAUUUGGAAUAAAAAUGCUGUAUCACUGGGUGCAGUGGCAUGCACCUGUUGUACUGUUUUUCCUGCUCAGGAAACUGAGGCAGGAGGAUCACUUGAGCCCAAGAAUUGGAGGAUGGUCUGGGCAACAUAGCAAGACCACAUCUUAAAGAAAAAGAAAAAAGAAAGAAAAAGAAAAAAGACUAUACCAAGUAUUGGUGAGGUGUGGAAGAACUGGAACUUUUAUACCCUGUUUGUGGCAAUGAAAGAUAAUACAACCACUUCAGAAAACAGUUUGGCAAUUUCUUUAAAAGUUACAUGUGGCUGGACAUGGUGGUGCAUACCUGUAAUCCCAGCAGCUCAAGAGGCUGAGG